AUGGCCACGAAUUCGAGUAUAGCAAGCGACUUGAGCAGCAAUUCACUCAUCGCUCAUCUUAUUGACCAGGACCUUCAGGCCCUCACGGAUGCCCAACUGGCCGAGACAGCCCAGCUCGAAAGCGUGUUAGCAGUAUCAGCCUUCAGAAAUGGGGCGAUGUCACGAUUUACACGUCGAACGGAAGAGUCUAGUGUCGUGCUACAUGAUGCAGCCGCAGCAAUGAGCAUCUUCCUUUCUGACGCGCGGUCAGCCAGCGAUUACGCGGUAGCGGAAGCUAUCCAAACAGCACAGGAGGCAGCAUUCACUGCGGGCCAACAACUCGCGCAAAAACUUGCCGCAGAAGAGAAGAAAAUUGCACUUGAUUUUGAGUUUGCUAGAAGGCUGCAGACUGCGAAUAACAACGGUACCGUGGACAUGGACAAUGUCAGAGAUGUUGAAAGCCUUCUGGGACGUGAGGAGGUCGAAAAUAUUCUUGCGACUGAUCUGCUUUUUGACAAGCGCCCUCAGACUGAUGGGUAUGAUAAUAAAACUGAUUCUCUGCUAACCCCAUAUCCCUGCUGUGGGAUUUGUUUUGAGCCGUUCCAGGCAACCCACUCUCCGAUGGCUGCGUCCAAAACAGCUACUUCUUCUAGCCAUCUUAAUUAUGGUUUUCGUCUGCCCUGUCCUGACGAACACCCAUAUUGCCAGCCAUGCCUCGUACACUACAUCAUGAGCAAGCUUGCCCCUGAAGGGAAUUACAACGGCGUCCUCGAAACAGUCGUGUUCCCGAUUAAAUGUCCAGAAUGCCACCAAGGUACAUGGGAAGAAGGAAUCUCAGAUGAGGUUGCCGAACGCAUCUUAAGUGAGAAGGACAUGGUACUCUGGCACACUCAGAAGCUUUUCGACUCUAUGGAAAAGCAGUACUGCCCUAACUCGCGGUGUUCGGCCCUCCUACAAGUUGAAGAGGACCCCAACGACCCGAUAGCAGUUUGUCCCCGAUGCCAAGAAUCGAUAUGUGUUCCAUGCAAAGUGCUUUGGCACCACGACUUGACGUGUGAAGAGUUUCAGGGCCUUCCAGAAAACGAGCGGUCUCCGGAUGACCAAUCAAUUCUUUUGAUGGCAAAGGCAAAGAAUUGGAGACGUUGUCCGACGUGUUCUAGGCUCGUGGAGCUUACGUACGGUUGCAAUCACAUCACUUGUUACUGUGGCACGCAUUUCUGUCACAGAUGUGGGGCUCUUUGGGAUCGCAUGGCGAGUAGAUGCACCCGCAAGCCAUCAUGUGAGCUUUGGGACGAGAAUAUGCUUCUUGAGGAGCAAGAAAGGAUGCAGGUUGCGGUGCGGGAGAGGCAGCAGCAGUUGCAGCGCCCGGUGCGAGUGCAAGCGCUGGAGCCUCCCCCACCCUACCGCCCUGCACCUGUCGAAGAAUGGAAUGACUUGGAAUGGCUCAGAAAUCCGAAACAUAUGGGUGGCGGCCACCUGUUCACGUCGAGAAUGAUACGUGGUCUCACGUGUGGGUACUGUCGUGCACGUGCUGAUUCCUUGGCACAUCUCCUCUACCACCUUGAACAUGUGAGGCACCCCGUGUUUGCAUGUUGCGGUCGUUUCUUCCCCAGAGAAAUUGAUUUCGACCGCCAUUGCAAUUCUCGGGUUAAAGGGGGGCGUCACGAGCACAGAGUUGUUAGGCGCGGCUAG